AUGCUGCAGAAGGCGCAUUUCGUCGGGAACAGCGUCAAGUCGAUGAUGCUCUCCGUCGACGCCUCGCUCAAGAAGCUACGCACGCACUACAUCGACAUCCCCUACGUGCACUGGUGGGACUGGGACACGUCCGUCGAGGAGGUCAUGAGCGGCCUCCACAACCUUGUCGUUCUACCUCGGCGUGUCCGACACCCCCGCCUGGCUCGUGUCCAAAGCCAACCACGCGACUUCGAGCGGGACAUCAUCCCGAUGGCCCGCGCGGAGGGCCUCGCGCUCGCGCCGUGGAACACGGUCCUCCAGGCCGGCCGCAUCCGCACGGACGAGGAAGAGGGGCGGCGGAAGAUGAGGGGCAAAAAAUGUCGGCGUCGCAUCUCUUCCCCCGGGCGAGUCUGCGCCUGA